GGCUAUUCCUCAAUAAAAGAAGAACAGAUCUAGUUAGCGCGCAGUUACCAACGGAAAUCCAAGCAGGCUUUGUCGACGUGGAGCAGCGAGCUAUCAGAGAAAAUGAGGGAAAUUGUGCAUCUCCAGGCCGGCCAGUGUGGAAACCAGAUUGGUGCAAAGUUCUGGGAAGUUAUCAGUGACGAGCAUGGUAUUGACCCAACUGGUACUUAUCAUGGAGACAGUGACCUGCAGUUGGACAGGAUCAAUGUCUACUACAAUGAAGCCUCUGGUGGAAAGUAUGUUCCCCGAGCAGUGCUGGUGGAUCUGGAGCCUGGAACCAUGGACUCUGUGAGAUCUGGACCAUUCGGGCAGGUCUUCAGGCCUGACAAUUUUGUUUUUGGUCAAAGUGGUGCUGGGAACAACUGGGCCAAGGGCCACUACACUGAAGGUGCAGAGCUGGUGGACUCUGUCCUUGAUGUGGUCAGGAAAGAGGCUGAAAGCUGUGACUGUCUACAAGGAUUCCAGCUCACGCACUCCCUCGGUGGCGGUACCGGCUCUGGUAUGGGUACCCUCUUGAUCAGCAAGAUUCGUGAAGAGUACCCUGACCGCAUCAUGAACACCUUCAGUGUAGUUCCGUCUCCCAAAGUGUCCGACACUGUUGUUGAGCCCUACAAUGCCACAUUAUCAGUCCAUCAGCUUGUGGAGAACACAGAUGAGACGUAUUGCAUUGACAAUGAGGCUCUUUAUGACAUCUGUUUCCGCACACUCAAACUCACAACCCCCUCAUAUGGUGACCUUAACCAUUUGGUUUCUGCCACAAUGAGUGGAGUCACAACCUGCUUGAGAUUCCCUGGGCAGCUCAACGCUGACCUGCGUAAGCUGGCUGUUAAUAUGGUGCCAUUCCCACGUCUGCACUUCUUCAUGCCAGGCUUUGCUCCCCUUACCAGCAGAGGUAGUCAGCAGUACAGAUCCCUCACAGUACCUGAGCUGACCCAGCAGAUGUUUGAUGCCAAGAACAUGAUGGCUGCCUGUGAUCCACGUCACGGCCGCUACCUGACAGUGGCUGCCAUCUUCCGUGGCCGCAUGUCCAUGAAGGAAGUGGAUGAGCAGAUGCUUAAUGUGCAGAAUAAGAACAGCAGCUACUUUGUUGAAUGGAUUCCAAACAAUGUCAAGACUGCAGUCUGUGACAUUCCUCCUCGUGGGCUCAAGAUGGCUGCCACAUUCAUUGGCAAUAGCACAGCCAUUCAGGAGCUGUUCAAGCGCAUUUCUGAACAGUUCACAGCUAUGUUCAGGCGCAAAGCUUUCCUCCACUGGUACACCGGUGAGGGUAUGGAUGAGAUGGAGUUCACUGAAGCAGAGAGCAACAUGAAUGAUCUGGUGUCUGAGUACCAGCAGUACCAGGAUGCCACUGCUGAGGAGGAGGGAGAGUUUGAGGAGGAGGUUGAUGAUGAUCUGGCCUAAAUUUUCCUGUCAAUGUUUUUCUGUUCUGUUGUGACCUGUCUUUUUCAGUGUUCUAAAUAAAUACAUUCACAAAGAAACAAA